AUGUUAUUAAAAUUUCACGAUUCUUGUUUUGGAAAUUUUCUUUAGAAUUAUUUUUUACUUGUUUUUUAUCAUUUUAUUUUUUCAAUGUUCAUUAUCUGACCUGUGAAAUGCAAGUGGCCGAAGUGAAUGAUAUUAAAACCUAUAAUCUUAGCCAGGGGAAAACAAUUCCUGAAUGGCUUUCUGAUCGAAAGAGACGUCUGCUGCUCAAGAAGAAUGUCGAUCUUCGACGGCGAAUUCAAUUGAUACAAGAUUUCGAUAUGCCCAUCGUUAGCAAUACAGUGAAUAUCUCACCGGAUGGACAAUAUAUUAUAGCAUCGGGCGUUUACAAGCCAAGGAUACGCUGUUUCGACGUUGAACAAUUGGCAAUGAAAUUCGAAAGAUGUUUGGAUUCUGAAGUGAUCAAAUGCAUUGUUCUGUCCGAAGAUUAUGGAAAAUUAUUAUUAUUAGAAGCUGAUCGAUGGAUUGAAAUUCAUUCACAAGCGGGAUUUUAUUUUAAAACACGCCUACCGAAAUUUGGUCGUGAUCUUGCUUACAAUUAUGCUACAUGUGAUGCUUUAUUUGUUGGCAAUAGUUCGGAGAUAUAUCGGCUUAAUCUGAGUGUGGGCACAUUUUUAAAACCAUUCGAAACGAAUUGUUUGGCAUUGAAUGCGAUAUCAAUAAAUCCCGAACAUAAUCUAAUUGUUGUUGGCUCGCAAGAAGGUUUUGUCGAAGCUUGGGACCCACGAGUUCGAGAAAGAGUCGGCACAUUGGAUUGUGCUUUGGAAAGUCUACGAAAUGAUCCGAAUAAAGUAAGCAAAAUCCCAUCAAUUACUUCGAUCAAAUAUCGCGAUGGUCUAACGAUGGGCGUUGGAACGUCUAAUGGUCAGAUAUUACUAUACGAUAUUCGUGCUAAUAAACCAUUCUUAAAUAAAGAUCACAUGUAUGGCCUACCGAUCAAGACUAUUGAAUUUCUCGAUGGUCCUUUGAAUCUAGUUGCAACACUUGAUUCUAAAAUAAUCAAACUAUGGAAUCGAAAUGAUGGUACACCAUUCACAGCUAUUCAAGCUGACAAUGACCUCAACAUGUUAGCAGCCUAUCCGGAUUCGGGCAUGAUGUUCGUAGCGAAUGAAUCACCAAAAAUUUUAACCUAUUACAUACCGGCUGUUGGACCUGCACCAAAAUGGUGUUCAUUUUUGGACCGUAUAACCGAAGAAUUAGAAGAAUCAACCGAGAAUGUCAUUUAUGAUGAUUAUAAAUUCGUUACCGAAAAUGAAUUAGAAGAACUUGGCCUUAGCGAUUUGAUCGGUACAAAUCUAUUGCGGGCUUAUAUGCAUGGAUUUUUUAUCGAUAUGCGGUUAUAUCGUAAAGCUUUGGAAAUAUCCAAGCCAUUUGUUUAUGAAGAAUAUCGCAAACAAAAAAUUAAAGAAAAAAUCGACUCAGAACGCAUUGAUCGUGUACAGAUAACCGAUGAAUUGCCGAAAGUGAAUCGUUCAUUAGCGGAAAAAUUAAUUAUAGCUGAAAAGGAACAUGAAGAGAAAAAGAAACAAAAUAAGACUGUUAAAUACAAACCUAAUCCGUUGAAAGAUAAUCGAUUCUCGGCCUUAUUUGAAGAUCCAAAUUUCGAAAUUGAUGAAACAAGUGAUGAAUUUCGUCUUUUGAAUCCAGUAUUAUCACGAUUAACCAAAAACGAUUCAAAAAAAUCAACUAUUGUCGAUAAUGAUGAUGAACAAACCAAACCAAUCUAUGCCGAUAUAUUUGAAGAAGAUGAUGUUCUCAAUGAUAGUAUUUCAUCGGAUUCGGAUGAAGAUUUAAUGUUUGGCAGAAAAAAUGAUGAAGAAGAAGAUAACGAAGAUGAACUAAAAAAUGAACACAAAAAUUUUUCAAACACUGAUGAUGAUGAUGAUGAUGAUGAUAAUUAUGUAGAUGAUAACAAACACGAUUUGGAGAAAAAUAAACUACAAAAACGAACAGUGAAAACAAAAUUAUAUCAUCUAAAAUCUGGUAAGACGUAUGAUGAUCUCUAUAGCCACACUAAGAAUGAUAAAAAUCCAAACCACCAUAAUGAUGGUAAUGAUCAACAAGUUGAACGUCAAACAUUUGAACAACGAUUGAAAUUGGUGGAAAAAGAGAAUAAAAAUAACCGAUUGUUACAAGGUAGUAGUGGUGGUGGCGGUAUCAAUGGGAAUCGUAUCAUGACUUUUGUACCGAAACAACAACGAAAAACAAAAACAGAUGAAGAACAAAAUGUUAACAACAAUCGCCAAAUUGAACAUAGAAAACAGAGAAAAAAAUUGGUGAGAAAAACUACGGGAUUAAAAUUCAAUAAGAAUGUUUUUGGAUAAGAAAAUAAAAAAAAUAAAAAUUUCUAAUACGCCGAUCCAUAUCCAAAUAACAAAUAAGUUUUUGAACCAUUGAUGAUUGUGUUUGUAUUAAAAUGGAAAAAUUGUAAUUUUAUCUCACAAAUAAAAUGUUUUUUUCG